AUGCAAUCUUCUACAGCCUUAGCUCGAUAUGAUGAGUCAUUAGGGUCUGAUAAUGAACGUGACCUUACCAAAGUGGAUGAAGAAACCUUUCUGGAGGAUCUCCUUCCCAUAGAAACAACUCUAAUGGAACUUGCUACCUUUGCUCCAAGCCGUAGUAGGAAUCUCACAGGUGACAAUAAAGGGUCUUUGGGCAUUCUUGAGAAACUCCAACUUCCAAUGACCCUCUUCCUGUUUCCUAAUACACUAUGUUUGAAAAACAUGGUUGGUUUCUCAUUCACAUCAGGACUGAAGCUCACUCUCUUACAUUUUCUCAACAUUUUGAAGAAUAAUGCAAGACUUCCAAUUGCACAAAAAGCCAAUUAUUUCAAAUUUUGUUUGUCUGACAGAGAGAAAGUGAAGCAGAGAGGGAGUAGCUGCUAG